AUGUCGGCGGCGGGGGAGGUGCCCAGCCAGGUGGUGACCGAGGACCUGACCGGCACCUGCUGGCGGGAUGACCUGUGGCUGGCCGCCUUUGGCCUGCACCACGGCACCGUGCUCGACUACUUCUCCCUCUCGCCCUUCUACGACCCAGCCUGCGCCAACGAGCGCGGCUUCCUGGCGGGCAAGCCCCGCGGCCAGCCGCCCGCGGUGGGCGAGGGCGUGGAGUACCUGCUGGCCGACUCGCAGCCGCCGCACCUGUUCAUCCUGCGCAAGCUGUACCGCCACGCCGGCGGCGCCAUCACCACCCUUGCUUUCUAUUACAUCCUUGACGGAUCCAUCUACCAGGCGCCCAGCCUGCAGGCUGCCCUGCUGGCGCGCAUGCAGCGCUGCAUGUUCAGCCUCAAGGCGGCGUUCCGGGACAUGCAGCGAGACCUGGCGCCACUGUCGCUGGCCACCAGCCAACAGCACGAGCAGAGCGCUCUGGAGCGGGAGCUUGCGGCGGGGCGGGAGGUGCGGCGCGUGCUCACGCCGGCCGACAAGGAGCAGCAGCAGCGGGUGGAGGCCAACAUCCGGCAUGUGCUGCGCCAGUUCCCGCUACCUGUGCCAGCGGCACUGAUGGAGCCUGGAGCGGCAGCAGGCGGAGGAGGGGCGGCGCUCAAGACAGAGCUACAGCCCAGCCCCGCAGCACCGGCAGCAGCAGGAGCGCGAUCCGCGGCUGCGCGAGGCGCGGUGAUGUCGGCGGCAGCCAGCCAUGGCGCGUAA